AUGUUGAGGAAUCAAAUAAUAAAAGAAACGCACACACGAACCACAGGGCACCAACGUUUCAACAACACCGUGCCUCAGCAUAACUAUGGCACACCAAAACCUCGCACACACAAAUACACAAACACGUACUUGCGCAUCGGGACAUCAACCAACUCUGCGAAGUUAACAUUAGAGUCGAUUUCCACAGCCCCUUCCUGUCUCCAGAGGGUCCUUACAGCAACCAUGAUUAAACGACAAAGCGUCCCUCCACAGAUAUAG